CUGAAUGCAAGAGUUGAAGACAUAAUGAUUGACUUUGUAAACUAUACUUAUUUCGAUGAAGAUACUUUUGAUAUUGCCAUGAAUUAUCAGAGUGAAUCACAAAAUGUUGUGUCUAUGAGAAUAGAUAUUAUUCAAGAUUUACCACAAAAUAUACACUUGAAAUGCGUUCUCUGGGGAUACGCUUCAGGUCAGUAUAAUGUUCCAACCGGAAUAGAGAUGGAUUUGGAUGUAUGCGACAAUCAAUUUAAAGAUUAUUUUUUCAAUGUUAUAUUAACAAAAAUGAAUUUGGACAAAGAGUGCCCGGCCAAAAAGGGAACAUACGAGAAUGAAGGUUUUGAUCCCGAGAUUAGUGGCUUUCCGAUGUACCUGCCAUCAGGCUUUCGUUUACUUCUCCAAGCUAGUAUAUAUUCUGGAAAUAUAAGUUUGAUAAAAACCAAAGCUUAUUUGGUAGUGGUUUAGGCCAUUUGUUCAAAUCUGCGUAAACUUUGUAACUUAAUACAUUUUAAUGAUUAACGUAGUAUAAUACAUGGUUGAAUUUCGUAAAUAAGUUGCAUCACUCGUUA